CAUUAUCACACACAUGCAGGAACACGCGCUGUCUGUGGUGGAGGAUGUAGUGAGUAAUUUGGGAUUUAAUGUGAGUCAGACGGUUUUCUGUGGAAAUAAAGAAUUAAUCAGGAACUUCCCUGAGGACAAACUCCACAAGUUGCUGAAGGCUCGUUAGGUUUCUAUUCAUUGUAUUUUGGCCUCUCGGUGAGUUUACCGGUUGUUCGUUGGACUGAAGGCCUGGAGAUGCUGCUGAACGGUAAUGGUGUGUUCACGGUCCUCCUGCUGAUCACUGGAGUCUCUACUGGGAUUGUUCUGCCUCCAGCAAACGUGACCCUGAGCUGCUCAAAUCUCAACGUCACAGUCAGCUGGGAUUACAGCAAACCCCAACCACAGACCAGCUUCAGGGUACACAUCGGAGGAUCUGCUGGGGAAUAUGUGAACGAAACCACAGAGCAUCGGUACGAUCUGAGCCACUUCAUCUGGGCUUCUGAAGACCGCUACACAGGCUUCCAUUUUGUCACCCUAACAGCCAUAGAGGGAGGCAACCAGUCUGAACCAGUGACAUCUAAAACUUUCACCUUUAACUAUUUAAAGCCGGCUCACAUAAAAUGUGAACUGGAUUUCCCUCCUGUGGAUGUGGAUGUGAAUGAGAAGGAUUCGGGGGUCACAGUGAGUUUCAUGAAUCCCCUCUUCUUCUACAGAGAACUGAAGCAGGCUGUCAAACCGGAUACUGCCAGCUUUCAAUUCACCGUCUCAGGUGCUGGAGAUUUUGAAAGGUCUUGCUCAGCGCAACAGGAAAACUGCAAAUCUGAUAUCGUAUUACCUGACAAUAAGGAGAAAUGCGUGAGACUGAAAGGAUUGUUGUUUGCUGGGAAUGGUGUUGGCCAAGUGCAGUUUAGAGAGACGGGCCGCAUCUGUGCCAGUAAAUAUACUGGUAAAUAUACUGAUGUCUACAUUAUAACGCUGGCUAUAGGUCUGCUCGUCCUCGCCAUCGUAAUCGGUGUGAUUAUAAUCAUCAUCUGUAAGGUGAAGGCCUGGACAAUGGACAUACCCAGUCAACCCAAGCCUCUGAUCAUAGACCCACUGCUGCCAAACCACAGGGGCUUGAAGUAUGUUCCCGUGUCCCCCACUGACAUCAGCGCUGUAAAUGUGAGUGUCAACAAGCCCUGCAAGAACCCUUCGGUCAGCUCCGAGGAGGACAACGACCUCCAGGACGUCGUUGCCGGCUUCGGUUCCCAGCCUCCUGACAUGUCGUGCGCGGAGGAAGGACUUCAAGAGGGAUACUUGAGAGAUGACGACUCUGCAGACGACUCUGCAGACGACUCGGUGAAGACGGAGAUCGUUUUGAUUGUUUUGGAGGAGGAGGAGGUGUCGCCCUACGACCGCCCGCACGCUCUGCAGAUGGACAUGGGUGAUGGAGACAUGGUGACGGGUUACAUCGAUAGGUAAAACACACGAGAAGAGGACUUGAUUUGGGAUUAAAGUCCGUUUAAUGAUGACCUCAGGGCUGACUAUGCACUAUAAAGCCUAAACAAGUGCACUCAGGGAGGCGGUGCCUUUUGCUCAAGAGACCUCUGAGACGCUCAGACCUUCUUCUUUCUGACUGCACUGAUCUACACGUUUAAGGACAUCGUUGGUUUGCUUUGUAGCUGGUUUUGGAGGCAAUCUGAAGGAGAAUCGAAGGGGAAGAAGCCUGAUCCUUUUCUACAAAACCAGAGCUGCAACACAAAGGAUUAAAAAAGACUUCAGUAAACAAUGAAGCCUCAGCCACAUUUAUACCCUUUUUUUAAUAUAUUUUAUAAGGACAUACAGUAGUUAACGCUGCUGUUUGACUCGUUUGUACCUGGGAAACAAAGCGGUGAUCUUCCAGUCACCUUCUAUCUGGUUGAGCAUCUCUUAAUCUCAGCCAGUCUCGGCUCCUCCUGUGGCAUUUUAUCAGAUGCAGGGCAGCUACUUCAAAACCCAACCGGGAGAUUUUUAUCUGAAGGAAAACAAGCUCCAAAAGAAGAACAUAUCAAAAGUUGUAUAAGCACUUUUUGUUGUCUUUUUUAGUAUCAGCUGAAACUGGUGUUUCUAUGUGUAGCUGUUGGUCAUGAAGGGAAGGUGCUUCAUGUUCUUUUUUUUCUUUUGAGUUCAUCCAAAUGACACAAAGCAUUUUCUCAUUUGCAUCAAGUGGUAUUUAAUAAUCAUGUCGUUAGUUUGGGGUUUAUUUGUUCAGGUUUUGGAGAUAUUGUCUUAAGCUUUCUGCCACCAUCCCAAUAAAAUGAGGGUGGAUUGAAUCUCUUUUUAGAAAUAAUGUUCCAUUUGAGUCACUUGCUCUGCAUCACAAUUUAUUAAUCAUACUAACUUUUUGGUCUCUCUGGACCUUUGCCAAGAGUCUUCUGGUGGCUGAAACGUUGAUAUGAUCAAUAAAUUGUGAUGCUGAGCAAGAGCAAUAUGCGGGAUCUUUUCUCAAGACUCAAGUGAUCAUUUCCAAUGCACCUGCAUCUGAGAUAGUUGGAUGUGCGAACAUCUCCUUUCUAGAAAUAAUGUUCCACGAAUAAUAAUCCACAAAACACACCAGUUUUCACAGGGACUAUUUCUCCAGUAGAAAGUAGUUCUAAUGAAAACCAUUCAUGGCAAAGGUCUGUGGAUUGUCCAGAGCAAACCUGGAAAGUUAUUUAUGCCAAAAGAUGUAAAAUCUUUUAAACAGAAUUACAUUAAACGUUAAAUACCACUAGUGGUAAAUAAGAAAAUGUUUUUGAAACACUCUUACUGGUCGUUCGUUUUAAAUGGUAAACUGAGCACCUCAUACAAUCUGGACUUUCCACUCUUGGCAAAUGUUAUAAAUACCUUUCAGCCUUACUAAUAGUGCCACACCUUAACAAUGCCACCACACUGUUGCAGUUAUCAUUCAGUGUAUUUACCUCCUGACGUUGGGCAACCGGCGACCUGCUAAACUGGCUCUUUUGGGUACACGUGGGAGUGUUUUUCUUUUGUUUGAAUCGAGAGGAUUAAGUUUGUUUACAUCACUCUGGGGUUUUUAAUGUUGGGGUUAAUUUGACCUCUUGUUGUGUAAAACUUCAAUACAGUUGCUUUAAAUACUGAUUUUACAAUCAUUUGUUUUAAGUUUUAACACCAAAGCCAUAUAUUUUAACUGCGCAGUACGCAUAUACACUAGGAAUGUUCUUUUAAUGAGAUGUGAAUUUAUUUAAUAUUUUUGUAUCUAACAGAAACGUUUCUACGAUUCCCAUGAUGCUUGUUUGCGUGAGAGGCGAGAAUGCCACAAACAUGUAGCUUUGCCAAGGAUUUUCUAAUCUGAUCUGAUGUCGGCCUGAUCUUUAAAUAAAUAUUAGUGUGACAGAUGAUUAUCAGCUCACCUGUGGGGAAAAGUGCAGUUUGAGGAGAUCAACAUGAAACCUCACAAAAAUAUUGCAUAAAGUGUUUUUAAUAAAGAGACUUAAACAAUA